UAAAGAUACUACUCGACCCCCACCAAUUGUGGUCUAUUCCGCCGGCUGGGACCUGGAAAAACAACAACACCGUGACGGAAAACAGACGGCUUCGAGCCAGAGGUCGCGUCAAAUUCAGGUUUGCUUCGCUGUGGUCUGAAUUUCCCAUUCCUAGAAAAACGUCUUCACGUUACAGCCGUUGUUGUCAAGGGGCUGGAGGAAGCUAACGCUGACGUAAAAACAGCUGUGAGCCAUUGAGAAAAAAUUAUCUGCCAGCUGGGUGGAGGGGCCAAAGUUGAAGGGUCCUUGACCUGUAGUACGACUCGAACGUUAGAGUUUGAAAUCAGCCUUAAUUUUAGUGGGUGAGUCACAGCCUAGAUUUUUGUUUGUCUGCAAUUUGAAGAAGCAACUGCGAGCUAUCCUCUCUGGAGUCAUCUAUGGAGAAGUGCAUCUGAGUCGGGUGCUUUGAUAGAAAUUCUAAAGGUGUUAGAGUUACCUGAGUGAGAAGAAUGGUUGAGGAGAAGCCUGCGUUAUCCCUGCCCCAGGCCCUGUGGCAGAAGUACUCAACUCUAGACGAUGAGCUACCCUUGAGUUCAAGCAAAAUCUUCAUAGCUGGCAACGCGCCUGGCAAGGAUGCCUCAGGGACUCUGCGUCUGCCUCCAGUCCUGGCUGUGCACAACUUCGGCAUCACCUGUGGCGGGGAGGAGGGGGAAGUGUCCCGCCUGUGCAGCCAGGUCACGGAGCUGGACAUCACGCAGAACUGCAUCAGCCAAUGGCAGGAGGUCUUCAAGAUCAUGCAGCAGAUCCCGCAGCUGACGUUCCUGAACCUGUGUAACAACCCGCUGUGCUGUGACAUCCCGGCUGGGCUGGCCGUCCCCUCCUGUCCACAGCUCAGACACCUGGUACUCAACAGUACUCAGGUUCCAUGGAAGGCAUUGUACAACAUUCUGGAGCAUACACCAAAUGUGGAGGAGCUCCAUCUAAGUCUGAACAACUACUCUAGUGUAGAACAGCAUCCACAGUCAUUCCCUAAUGUUAAGGUCCUCCAUUUUAAUGGGAAUAACGUACAGAGCUGGGCUGAAGUCUGCAAGCUGGGUCAGACCUUCCCCAGUCUGGUAAGUCUGGUCAUGCACGAGGCUCCGCUCAAGGACAUAGAGGCACCCGUGGAGCAGCUCCAACAGGCUUUCCUGUGCCUGCAGAAGCUGAACAUCUCCAACACAGGGGUGGGGUCCUGGGAGAGUCUGGAGAAGUUCAACAGCCUGCAGCAACUGAAGGAUGUCCGGAUGCUGGGGGUACCACUUUUUGACGACAUCGUGGAUGAGAAGCUUAGAAGACAGAUGGUUAUAGCCAGGAUGCCGCGUGUUGUUCGCCUGAACGGAAGCUCUGUGAGUGAAGAGGAGAGAGAAGACGCAGAACGAGCUUUCAUCCGACACUUUCUGGACAGUGAGGAGAAGCCGGAGAGGUACCACACCCUGGUCGGCAUCCACGGAGUCCUGGAGCCUCUGGUUGAGAUUGACUUGUCCCCGCAGACCACCGCUCACGUCAAGGUCACGUUUGAAGAACACGUGAAGGUCAUGGACCUGAACGUGGAGCAAACUCUGAAGGAGUUCAAGAGAAGCCUGAAGGACUGGACCGGGCUGCCUCCCAGCAAGCUCCGCGUGAUUCACGUGGACACAGAGAUCAACUACGACGGGCAUAUCUGUCAUCACGAGGAACUGAGAUAUGCGGACAAAAACUUGUACGCCUACAAUAUCAAGGAUGGGGAUGAGAUCUUGAUAUGGCCCAGGCCUCCCUCCCUACCAUCAUCGCCGUCUAAGAAGAACCCACCAAAGUCUGCCUCAGGCCCUGACGACAAGUUCCAGGCCAAGAAAGAGCUGCAGAUGUGAGAGGGCAGUGUCCUGUGCAAUGUAGGGUCUCUUGGAGACCUUGUGAAGUCCCGGCUGGGUUCUUAAAACUUAAAGAAGUUAAACUUUUUCUUUUAACUUAGAGGACUGAUGCUGUUUUUCCAGUGCAGUUGCCUAGAUCAUAAGGUUGAGUCAAUAGGGCGUACUUACAAUUUACUGUCAACCAAUAUUCUGUGCUCUCAGGGAUGUAUGUCAUCCUUUUAUAUGUGCUAGCCAACCAAUGGGUAGGAAGCUUUGUGCAAACAGUUUUGUGAGAAAGACGUCUGCAGAAAAGGGUAUUCCAGCAAACCAAGCACAACUACGCACAAACCUUUGCCAUGCCUUGACUACAUACAUAAACAUUACAAUCAACGAUGUGCAUUGUACAAUGUCCAUUUCUAUCACAACUGUGGUCCCAGUCUACAAGAUAGGUCUUCAUCUGCACAGUAAUGUUACCUGACUAAGAGUGAACUAUAGAAGGUCUAAAUAACCAAAUUUUCAUCUCUUCUGAGUGGUGUGACAAGUUUUGUCAAGUUUGGUAAAGUCAUGUGUCUAACAAAGUUGUUUUUCUUUUACAUUCUAAAAAAGAGCUGAUUCUUUAAUCAUAGAUACAGAUUAUAGAAAUUAUGGUAGUAAUGUAAAGUAUGAGUGCAGAAUGCUGCCUAUGAUGAUGACAUGGAUUUUACUGAGACCAUUAUUGUACUGUCAGACUAAGGUAUUAGAUGCCAUUUAUCUAAGGAUGUCUUUCAAUCAUAACAUUUACAGUGUAUUCGAAAUGUAAAUGAACGGUCAAAUGUAUCUUGCAUGUAUGUAAACAUUGCAAUGGUGUAAAGAUGAUUAGAUGUUUUAUCAUUCUUUGUGUAAAUGUAUGCAAAUGCAUGUAAAUCUGCAAUAUGUCCUAGAUGCGUGGAUACUAUGUUUUCUGAGCUCUUGUUCUGACAGUUUAAAUACUGUGCCAUGUAAGGUUCAAAAGACAAACAGGACAUGUCAUUGGUAAUACAAAUGUAUGCUCAAAUGACAUAGGGGUUUUCUGUGAAACAGUAAUGGUGAAUUGUACAAUAGUCUCGGUGCUUAUUCUACUGUACUGUCACCAAGGAUUGAACACUGUAUUAGACAUUCACCCAAAAGAGUUUUACUAGAAGGUGACAAGGUCAUCUGUAAUAUGUACAGAGAAAUGAAACAAGCUUCAUUGUAAUACGUGGUGAUUUCAAAGGUUUUGUUGUUUCAUAAAGUUGUAAAAGAUGUUUUCAACAAGAAUGUGCUUAGCCAGUUUCAUAUCAUUAUUGUCCGAUUCUCCCCAAUACACGUUAUUUGACAUUCUGUUGAUGCCUCAUUAGUCAUUGCAAAAAGCAAAAUUUGACAUGGAUAAUAGAAAGUCUGAUAUGUCAUAACGACAUUGGAUACUUAUUUUUUACAUUUGAACAAAACUGUCCCUGGUACAGAACACCAUCCACGCACAGGGCAAACAGUCCUGUCCUUGGUGCUGAACACCAUCCAUCCAC